GCCAUGCCCCCGCUGCUGUUCCUGCUCCUGCCGCUAUGUGUCGCUGUGGGGUCCGCUCCCGAUCCCGGCUGUGUCCGGUCGCUGCGGGAGGUCCUGGAGCGGCUGCGGGAGCUGGAGGGGACGGUCCUGGAGCUGCAGGGGAGGUGUGGGGAGAGCCCCGGGCCGCAGGCAGGAACCGGCCUCACCGUGUCCCGUGAGCUGUGCCCCCCCUCCCCCCCCUCCCCCUCCCCCCCUUGCCCCCGCGGCUGCAGUGACCAGGGCAGGUGCCGCUCCGGCCGCUGCCUCUGCUACCCUGGGUACAGUGGGGAGGACUGUGGGACCCCCGGGUGUGGGGGGGGAGACUGCGAGGAGGCCCCCCCCUCGGUGCGCCCUCGCCUCCUGUCCCGCACCUCGUCCUCGCUGCGGGUGUCGUGGCCUGCACCAGUUCAACCAGUAGACGGGUACCGGGUGUCACUGGUGCCACUGGCCUCUCCCGGUGCUCCCGUUCUCCAUCAUGACCUCCCUGGCUCCGCGCUCUCCUUCGAGGCCUCGGGGCUGGAUCCAGGAUCCACCUUCGAGCUGCAGGUUCAGGCUCGUCGGGAGCAGAACUUUGGGGCAGCCGCGACCCUGAGAGUGAGAACACAGCAUGCCCAGACCCUGCCCCGGCGCGGGGGGUCCCCAGUGCCACCAAUCGCGUCCCCACCACCCCCGAGGUCCCCAUUGCCAGCAGCAUCGCCGGGCUCACCAUAUACCCCCUUGGCCUCACUGGAUGCCCCAUUGGCCUCACCGGGCUCUCCUUCAGCCUCACCGGAUGCCUCCAUGGCCUCACCGGGCUCUCCUUCAGCCUCACCGGAUGCCUCCUUAGCCUCACCGGAUGCCUCCAUGGCCUCACCGGGCUCUCCUUCAGCCUCACCAGAUGCCUCCAUGGCCUCACCGGGCUCUCCUUCGGCCUCACCACGGCUUCCAUUGGCCCCAGUGCCUCGAGGCCCCCCAGCACCACCAUUGUCCCCUAUGGCACCCCCGGCCCCAUGGUCCCCAGGGCUCCCCGGUGCCCCAUCCCUGCAUGACCUCGAGGCCAAACUCGCCCCUUACAAUGGGUCCUUGCUCCAGCGCUUGGAAAGCCACCUCCGGGCCACCAACUUCCCCCUACGUGGCAACCAAACGGUGCCGGCAGUGGCCAGAGCCAUCCUCACGUACCUGCUGCGCCGCAGCCCUGCCGCGCUCCGGAACCGGCUCCUCCAGCAUCCCAAGCCCCAUCUGAUGCCGGGCGCUGCCGGAGAGGCCCUGGUGGACCUGGAAGGGCUACGGGGCCAUGUGGAGGCUGUGGUGAUCCGGUACCGGCUCCUGGAGGACCCGGAGGGCACCGAGGGGGAGAUGAGGGUGCCGGGGGACGCGGCGCUGGCGCGGGUGCCGGGGUUGGUGCCGGGGGGGAGGUACCGGAUGGAGGUGCAUGGAUUGGUGAGGGGCCAUGUGUCCAAGUCCUACACGUUCCUGGUGACUGCAGGGGUGGGAGGCACCGAGGAGCCGGCGCUGGGAUGGGAGCAGAUGUUUGAGAUGGAGCCAAAGGAGACGCAUGGAGACACAGGGAAAGAAGCAGAACCGGUCCCACCAUCGGAGGAACCACCAACCAAACCCCGCUUGGGCGAGCUCAGGGUGUUCAAUGUCACCCCCAGCUCCGUGCAGCUGAACUGGAGCGUCCCCGAAGGCACCUUUGACUCCUUCACUGUGCAGUACCGCGAUGCUCAAGGCCAACCCCAGGCACUGGCGGUUGAUGGUGGCUCCCGCACGGUGACGGUGUCGGGGUUGUCACCGUCCCGACGCUACAAGUUCAACCUGUACGGGGUGUGGGGACGGAAGAGGGUUGGUGUCAUCUCCACUGACACUGUUACAGGUGAGGACAGACCCAGGGAGAAGGCACCAACCAAACCCCGCCUGGGUGAGCUGAGGGUUUCCGAGGUCAGCCCUGACUCGGUGCAGCUGCAGUGGAGCGUCCCCGAGGGCACCUUUGACUCCUUCACGCUGCAGUACCGCGAUGCACAAGGCCAGCCCCAGGUGCUGCCCGUGGACGGGGGUUCCCGCACGCUGACGGUGCCGGGGCUGUCCCCGUCCCGCCGCUACAAGUUCAACCUGUACGGGCUGUGGGGUCGCACACGCCUGGGCCCCGUCUCCACCGACACUGUCACAGCUCCCCAGGAGGAGGAACCAGCAGCGCAGCCAGUGCUGGGUGAGCUGAGGGUGUCCGAGGUCAGCCCUGACUCGGUGCAGCUGCAGUGGAGCGUCCCCGAGGGCACCUUUGACUCCUUCACGCUGCAGUACCGCGAUGCACAAGGCCAGCCCCAGGUGCUGCCCGUGGACGGGGGUUCCCGCACGCUGACGGUGCCGGGGCUGUCCCCGUCCCGCCGCUACAAGUUCAACCUGUACGGGCUGUGGGGUCGCACACGCCUGGGCCCCGUCUCCACCGACACUGUCACAGCCCCAGCUCCACAGGAGCAGGAACCAGCAGCGCAGCCAGUGCUGGGUGAGCUGAGGGUGUCCGAGGUCAGCCCUGACUCGGUGCAGCUGCAGUGGAGCGUCCCCGAGGGCACCUUUGACUCCUUCACGCUGCAGUACCGCGAUGCACAAGGCCAGCCCCAGGUGCUGCCCGUGGACGGGGGUUCCCGCACGCUGACGGUGCCGGGGCUGUCCCCGUCCCGCCGCUACAAGUUCAACCUGUACGGGCUGUGGGGUCGCACACGCCUGGGCCCCGUCUCCACCGACACUGUCACAGCCCCAGCUCCACAGGAGGAGGAACCAGCAGCGCAGCCAGUGCUGGGUGAGCUGAGGGUGUCCGAGGUCAGCCCUGACUCGGUGCAGCUGCAGUGGAGCGUCCCCGAGGGCACCUUUGACUCCUUCACGCUGCAGUACCGCGAUGCACAAGGCCAGCCCCAGGUGCUGCCCGUGGACGGGGGUUCCCGCACGCUGACGGUGCCGGGGCUGUCCCCGUCCCGCCGCUACAAGUUCAACCUGUACGGGCUGUGGGGUCGCACACGCCUGGGCCCCGUCUCCACCGACACUGUCACAGCUCCACAGGAGGAGGAACCAGCAGCGCAGCCAGUGCUGGGUGAGCUGAGGGUGUCCGAGGUCAGCCCUGACUCGGUGCAGCUGCAGUGGAGCGUCCCCGAGGGCACCUUUGACUCCUUCACGCUGCAGUACCGCGAUGCACAAGGCCAGCCCCAGGUGCUGCCCGUGGACGGGGGUUCCCGCACGCUGACGGUGCCGGGGCUGUCCCCGUCCCGCCGCUACAAGUUCAACCUGUACGGGCUGUGGGGUCGCACACGCCUGGGCCCCGUCUCCACCGACACUGUCACAGCCCCAGCUCCACAGGAGGAGGAACCAGCAGCGCAGCCAGUGCUGGGUGAGCUGAGGGUGUCCGAGGUCAGCCCUGACUCGGUGCAGCUGCAGUGGAGCGUCCCCGAGGGCACCUUUGACUCCUUCACGCUGCAGUACCGCGAUGCACAAGGCCAGCCCCAGGUGCUGCCCGUGGACGGGGGUUCCCGCACGCUGACGGUGCCGGGGCUGUCCCCGUCCCGCCGCUACAAGUUCAACCUGUACGGGCUGUGGGGUCGCACACGCCUGGGCCCCGUCUCCACCGACACUGUCACAGCCCCAGCUCCACAGGAGCAGGAACCAGCAGCGCAGCCAGUGCUGGGUGAGCUGAGGGUGUCCGAGGUCAGCCCUGACUCGGUGCAGCUGCAGUGGAGCGUCCCCGAGGGCACCUUUGACUCCUUCACGCUGCAGUACCGCGAUGCACAAGGCCAGCCCCAGGUGCUGCCCGUGGACGGGGGUUCCCGCACGCUGACGGUGCCGGGGCUGUCCCCGUCCCGCCGCUACAAGUUCAACCUGUACGGGCUGUGGGGUCGCACACGCCUGGGCCCCGUCUCCACCGACACUGUCACAGCUCCACAGGAGGAGGAACCAGCAGCGCAGCCAGUGCUGGGUGAGCUGAGGGUGUCCGAGGUCAGCCCUGACUCGGUGCAGCUGCAGUGGAGCGUCCCCGAGGGCACCUUUGACUCCUUCACGCUGCAGUACCGCGAUGCACAAGGCCAGCCCCAGGUGCUGCCCGUGGACGGGGGUUCCCGCACGCUGACGGUGCCGGGGCUGUCCCCGUCCCGCCGCUACAAGUUCAACCUGUACGGGCUGUGGGGUCGCACACGCCUGGGCCCCGUCUCCACCGACACUGUCACAGCCCCAGCUCCAAGGGAGGAGGAACCAGCAGCGCAGCCAGUGCUGGGUGAGCUGAGGGUGUCCGAGGUCAGCCCUGACUCGGUGCAGCUGCAGUGGAGCGUCCCCGAGGGCACCUUUGACUCCUUCACGCUGCAGUACCGCGAUGCACAAGGCCAGCCCCAGGUGCUGCCCGUGGACGGGGGUUCCCGCACGCUGACGGUGCCGGGGCUGUCCCCGUCCCGCCGCUACAAGUUCAACCUGUACGGGAUGUGGGGUCGCACACGCCUGGGCCCCGUCUCCACCGACACUGUCACAGCCGCAGCUCCCCAGGAGGAGGAACCAGCAGCGCAGCCAGUGCUGGGUGAGCUGAGGGUGUCCGAGGUCAGCCCUGACUCGGUGCAGCUGCAGUGGAGCGUCCCCGAGGGCACCUUUGACUCCUUCACGCUGCAGUACCGCGAUGCACAAGGCCAGCCCCAGGUGCUGCCCGUGGACGGGGGUUCCCGCACGCUGACGGUGCCGGGGCUGUCCCCGUCCCGCCGCUACAAGUUCAACCUGUACGGGCUGUGGGGUCGCACACGCCUGGGCCCCGUCUCCACCGACACUGUCACAGCCCCAGCUCCACAGGAGGAGGAACCAGCAGCGCAGCCAGUGCUGGGCGAGCUGAGGGUGUCCGAGGUCAGCCCUGACUCGGUGCAGCUGCAGUGGAGCGUCCCCGAGGGCACCUUUGACUCCUUCACGCUGCAGUACCGCGAUGCACAAGGCCAGCCCCAGGUGCUGCCCAUGGACGGGGGUUCCCGCACGCUGACGGUGCCGGGGCUGUCCCCGUCCCGCCGCUACAAGUUCAACCUGUACGGGCUGUGGGGUCGCACACGCCUGGGCCCCGUCUCCACCGACACUGUCACAGCUCCACAGGAGCAGGAACCAGCAGCGCAGCCAGUGCUGGGUGAGCUGAGGGUGUCCGAGGUCAGCCCUGACUCGGUGCAGCUGCAGUGGAGCGUCCCCGAGGGCACCUUUGACUCCUUCACGCUGCAGUACCGCGAUGCACAAGGCCAGCCCCAGGUGCUGCCCGUGGACGGGGGUUCCCGCACGCUGACGGUGCCGGGGCUGUCCCCGUCCCGCCGCUACAAGUUCAACCUGUACGGGCUGUGGGGUCGCACACGCCUGGGCCCCGUCUCCACCGACACUGUCACAGCCCCAGCUCCACAGGAGGAGGAACCAGCAGCGCAGCCAGUGCUGGGUGAGCUGAGGGUGUCCGAGGUCAGCCCUGACUCGGUGCAGCUGCAGUGGAGCGUCCCCGAGGGCACCUUUGACUCCUUCACGCUGCAGUACCGCGAUGCACAAGGCCAGCCCCAGGUGCUGCCCAUGGACGGGGGUUCCCGCACGCUGACGGUGCCGGGGCUGUCCCCGUCCCGCCGCUACAAGUUCAACCUGUACGGGCUGUGGGGUCGCACACGCCUGGGCCCCGUCUCCACCGACACUGUCACAGCCCCAGCUCCACAGGAGGAGGAACCAGCAGCGCAGCCAGUGCUGGGUGAGCUGAGGGUGUCCGAGGUCAGCCCUGACUCGGUGCAGCUGCAGUGGAGCGUCCCCGAGGGCACCUUUGACUCCUUCACGCUGCAGUACCGCGAUGCACAAGGCCAGCCCCAGGUGCUGCCCGUGGACGGGGGUUCCCGCACGCUGACGGUGCCGGGGCUGUCCCCGUCCCGCCGCUACAAGUUCAACCUGUACGGGCUGUGGGGUCGCACACGCCUGGGCCCCGUCUCCACCGACACUGUCACAGCUCCACAGGAGGAGGAACCAGCAGCGCAGCCAGUGCUGGGUGAGCUGAGGGUGUCCGAGGUCAGCCCUGACUCGGUGCAGCUGCAGUGGAGCGUCCCCGAGGGCACCUUUGACUCCUUCACGCUGCAGUACCGCGAUGCACAAGGCCAGCCCCAGGUGCUGCCCGUGGACGGGGGUUCCCGCACGCUGACGGUGCCGGGGCUGUCCCCGUCCCGCCGCUACAAGUUCAACCUGUACGGGCUGUGGGGUCGCACACGCCUGGGCCCCGUCUCCACCGACACUGUCACAGCUCCCCAGGAGGAGGAACCAGCAGCGCAGCCAGUGCUGGGUGAGCUGAGGGUGUCCGAGGUCAGCCCUGACUCGGUGCAGCUGCAGUGGAGCGUCCCCGAGGGCACCUUUGACUCCUUCACGCUGCAGUACCGCGAUGCACAAGGCCAGCCCCAGGUGCUGCCCGUGGACGGGGGUUCCCGCACGCUGACGGUGCCGGGGCUGUCCCCGUCCCGCCGCUACAAGUUCAACCUGUACGGGCUGUGGGGUCGCACACGCCUGGGCCCCGUCUCCACCGACACUGUCACAGCCCCAGCUCCACAGGAGGAGGAACCAGCAGCGCAGCCAGUGCUGGGUGAGCUGAGGGUGUCCGAGGUCAGCCCUGACUCGGUGCAGCUGCAGUGGAGCGUCCCCGAGGGCACCUUUGACUCCUUCACGCUGCAGUACCGCGAUGCACAAGGCCAGCCCCAGGUGCUGCCCGUGGACGGGGGUUCCCGCACGCUGACGGUGCCGGGGCUGUCCCCGUCCCGCCGCUACAAGUUCAACCUGUACGGGCUGUGGGGUCGCACACGCCUGGGCCCCGUCUCCACCGACACUGUCACAGCCCCAGCUCCCCAGGAGGAGGAACCAGCAGCGCAGCCAGUGCUGGGUGAGCUGAGGGUGUCCGAGGUCAGCCCUGACUCGGUGCAGCUGCAGUGGAGCGUCCCCGAGGGCACCUUUGACUCCUUCACGCUGCAGUACCGCGAUGCACAAGGCCAGCCCCAGGUGCUGCCCAUGGACGGGGGUUCCCGCACGCUGACGGUGCCGGGGCUGUCCCCGUCCCGCCGCUACAAGUUCAACCUGUACGGGCUGUGGGGUCGCACACGCCUGGGCCCCGUCUCCACCGACACUGUCACAGCCCCAGCUCCCCAGGAGGAGGAACCAGCAGCGCAGCCAGUGCUGGGUGAGCUGAGGGUGUCCGAGGUCAGCCCUGACUCGGUGCAGCUGCAGUGGAGCGUCCCCGAGGGCACCUUUGACUCCUUCACGCUGCAGUACCGCGAUGCACAAGGCCAGCCCCAGGUGCUGCCCGUGGACGGGGGUUCCCGCACGCUGACGGUGCCGGGGCUGUCCCCGUCCCGCCGCUACAAGUUCAACCUGUACGGGCUGUGGGGUCGCACACGCCUGGGCCCCGUCUCCACCGACACUGUCACAGCCCCAGCUCCACAAGAGAAGCCACCAACCAAGCCCCGCCUGGGCGAGCUGAAGGCACCUCAUGUCAGCCCUGACUCGGUGCAGCUGCAGUGGAGCGUCCCCGAGGGCACCUUUGACUCCUUCACGCUGCAGUACCGCGAUGCACAAGGCCAGCCCCAGGUGCUGCCCGUGGACGGGGGUUCCCGCACGCUGACGGUGCCGGGGCUGUCCCCGUCCCGCCGCUACAAGUUCAACCUGUACGGGCUGUGGGGUCGCACACGCCUGGGCCCCGUCUCCACCGACACUGUCACAGGCGCCCCAGGGACCCUGUGGGUUGGCUCCGUGUGGCCCCGCAGCGCCCGCCUGCACUGGACCCCCCCCCACUCUCCCCCCGGCGGCUACGACCUUGUCUAUGGCCCCCCUGGAGGACCCCAGAAGACACUGCAGCUUCCCCCUGAGGCAACGUCCCAUGAGCUGUGGGGCCUGGAGCCCAAGGGGAGCUAUGGGGUGCAGCUACGGGGCAGGGGAGAAGAUGCCCACCCAAUCCUCCUGGAGACCACCUUUGACACACCCCCACUUCCCCACCCACACCCCCGAGACUGCGCCGAGGAGCAGCUCAAUGGGCCGGGGCCUUCGCGCCCGACCCUCAUCUUCCUCGGGGGGGACCCCGCGAGACCCCUGCGUGUCUUCUGCGACAUGGACACGGAUGGCGGCGGGUGGCUGGUUUUCCAGCGGCGCCAGGAUGGGGGCACUGAUUUCUGGCGGGGAUGGGAUGAGUACGAGAGGGGAUUUGGGAAUGUGAGCGGGGAAUUCUGGCUCGGUAACGCCGCCCUCCACGCCCUCACGUCCUCCUCCCGCACGGAGCUCCGCGUGGAUCUCCGCUCCGGUCCCGACGCUGCCUUCGCCCAUUACCGGGACUUCCAUGUGGAUGGGCCCGGGCAGCACUAUGGGCUGCGGCUGGGGGCGUACAGCGGCACUGCCGGGGACGCCCUCUCCUACCACGCCGGGAGCCCGUUCUCCACGCGGGACCGGGACCCCCGCGGCCGCCCCCGUCCUUGCGCUGUUGCCUAUAUGGGGGCCUGGUGGUACCAUAACUGCCACUAUGCCAACCUGAACGGGCGCUACGGCACCCCCCUGCACCACCAGGGCAUCACCUGGUUCCCAUGGAAAGGAUUCGAGUUCUCCAUCCCCUUCACCGAGAUGAAGCUGCGGCCCCAGCGCGACUGA